AUCCAACGCAUUUUCUUCACUUUUAUGCGCCAUCCCAUACUCCAUUUUCGGCUGCCUCAAGCUUCAUUCGUUCAAGUAGUGGUUCCUUGCAGCCUGGCCCGAUUUACCAUCUUGUGUAAUCCCACCAUUUGUGUGCCUGUUAUUGCCGUCACACAUUCCUGCGGAGCAACCAACCGCAUCGUCACCACCACACCGACCACAUCCCGCCGCGGUGAUGGGUGACCUACGGCCCAUCAUCUCUGAGGAAUACUCGGAGCAGAAGACGGAGCCGUUCUCACAAUCCGAGAUCGAUGCGCGGCUGCAGAGCAUCCGGGGGGAGGAGAUCAACCCCUCGGUUGGCAGCUCGGUCCCACUGGACCACCUCGUUGUGCCGCCGGAUAAAGGCAUUCGGAUCUUGGUCCGGCCACUGACCAGGGGCCGGUCGGUCAGUCCCGGCAAUCAGGAUAACUGCCAAUGGCUCGCGCUGCGGGCCGAGAUCGCUGAACAGGACCAGCCCCAACACAAAGUCUUGGCAGUCACCCAGACCUCGCGGGACAUCAAGUUCUCGGUCAGGAUACCUGGGGAGCGGCUGGACGGCGAUCUUCCGAGGCCACCGCUGUGGUGCGAGCUGUACUACGACCCGGCUAGCGACAACCAGAUCCUGCUCAACCGUUCAGAUGUCCCCAUUUCCCUCUCCAGGGUGUCGUAUCAACCCGCGGCAAGCCCCGGCAUGGAGUACACCGUCAAUCCUGGAACCACCAAGGCCCUUGUCCCGGGCACUUGGCGAAUCAGAGUUAACGAGACGGAGGUCCUGGACUUCCGGAUUAUCGAGAAGCGGCCGGCCAUGUUGAAGCUCCCGUCCGGGUCAUCUUCCGAGGGCCCGUCGCUGAGCGAGAUGGUGAACUCGUCGGGCAAGAGGUCAUUUACGGCCGACGACGACGAUCCUACGGGCCCUGAGAGGAAGCUGCGGGCGGCGGCCGCGACGGGCAAGAACGACGACGGGGUGAUCAUGUUCCUGCGCCCGCAGGCGGAUCCUCUUAUAUUCCCCCUCCCCACCGCCGACAAGGGCAAGGAUAUUGUCCCGUCCAACGGGCACGCUCUCCUCGACAUGCGCCGGGAUGAGUCCGCCGACAUCCCCGGCGGCUGCGAGCUGGACCAGUACCAGAUCACGAAGCGCGAGCCCAUCGCGUCGACGGCGCUGUCAAGCGUGUUCAAGGCCGACCACUCCAGCGUGUCGGACGGCAUCAUCACGGUGAAGGUGCUCAAGACGCGGACGCCGUUGGCAGCAGGCGGCGGCGGCGGCGUGGUGGCCAAGCCGCAGGACAACGAGCGCAACGUGAUCCGGCAGGCGGACAUCUGGCUGCGCGAGUUCCAGUCGCACGACGACCUGCAGCACGACAGCAUCGUGCGGCUGUACGGCGGGGACGCGCGCUACCUGUCGCUGUACAUGGAGCACAUUGAGGCGCGGGAUCUGUCGGCCAAGGGGGUAUGGCGCGACGACGGAACGGACCUCUUCCGGGGCGACCAGGCCGACGCGGUGCGGGUGCUGCGCGACAUUGCCGGCGCCCUCCACUACAUCCACGGGCGUAAUCUGGUACACAACGACAUCAAGCCCGCCAACAUCCUGUACAGCCGCGAGCGGGGCGCCGUGCUGUGCGACUUUGGCCUGUCGACCCCGGCUGGCUCCUCAGCCACCACGGGCGGUACUCCCUACUACGUGCCCCCGGAGUUCGUCGGGCGCAAGCUGCGCGGCGCGCCGAGCGACGUCUGGGCCCUGGGCGUCACGAUGCUGUACGUGCUGCGCAAGAUCCCCUUCCCGGAGUCCCGGGGCCGGGCCCAGCACCCGCGCCGGCUCUACUGGAUGAUCGCGGACCUAAACAGGCCGCCGGCAUACCAUCACCAUCACCACCGCCGGCAUCACCAUCACGACGCGCACGGGGCCGGGCGGGCGGGAGAGCCGUACCCGUCGGCGGUCUCGCAGAUGCAGCAGUGGCUGGGCGAGGUCCACGAGGCCAGGGACAAGCUGGACAGACGCGACAGGCUCGAGGAGCUCGUCGCCGGCAUGCUGGCGGCGCAGCCGAACCAGCGGAUCACGAUGCGGCAGGUGGUGAAGGAGCUGUUCUCGGAGGAGCUGUUCUCGAAGCAGCUGACGGAGAGAUAAAUGAACUCCGACGGAAACGAAUACGACCAAGCUUUAUGUUUUAUCACGCGACCUGCUUCCGAAGAUAACCCGUUGGAAGCGUGUGUGUUUGUUCAAUACAUGGGACGGUGUUGGAUGGUGACUGGAGAGCGUGCAUCGGAACUGGAUGGUGAGUGGCGUAGUUCCAAGUUUUUCUUUCUUU